UUCGUAAGCAGAACACGAAAUAACACAUUGAUAUAAUGAUAUAGUAUUUUAGAUUUGGCGAUUUUAGUGUUCACUUCCCGGCAUUGUCACUGCGCGUGAGUACAACACGCUACACGUCAACACUAGUAAUUCGUAAUAUUGGCCAAAUCGAAUAGUUACAAGCAGGCAUUUACACGAAGUAGUAAUAGUAGUAAUAAUAGUUACUGCUGCAGAUACCUAGUGCGAUAUAAUUCUUAAAAUUGUGCGUCAAACAGAAAACUUCAUAAGUAUAAUAAUAUAAUUUUGAUAACUCCAUCAAAAUUGUACAAUGGAUUCGUUAAUACAAACAAUAAACAAGUUACAAGAUGUGUUCGCUGUGAUUGGUGAGCAUAAAAUCGAUUUACCCCAAAUUGUUGUCGUCGGAUCCCAAAGUUCCGGAAAGAGUUCAGUUCUCGAGAGUUUGGUCGGUAGAUCUUUCUUACCUCGAGGUACCGGCAUCGUAACUCGUGCACCAUUAAUCCUUCAAAUGAUUAGGUACUCAAGAGAAGACCGAGAUGAAAUGUUGAAAAUAACAAAAAAUGAUGACAUUAAAUUCUGGGCAAGUUUUCUUCAUAAACCUGGUACCAUUUAUGACAAUUUUGAUGAAAUUAGAUACGAAAUAGAAGAUCGGACCGAUUCUCUGGCUGGUGCCAACAAAGGUAUCACACAUGAGCCCAUUGUCUUAAAAGUUUUUACUCCUUUAUACGAUCUAACUUUUGUUGACUUGCCUGGGAUUACGAAAGUACCUGUUGGCGAUCAACCAGAAGAUAUUGAUGAGCAGAUCCAAGAACUUAUUUUAAAAUAUGUGCAACAGCCAAAUUCUAUAAUUUUAGCUGUUGUCACUGCAAAUACGGACCCAUCUACAUCAGAAAGUUUAAAAAUAGCUAGAAAAAUGGAUCCGGAAGGGGAAAGGACAAUUGCUGUUGUCACCAAGUUAGAUCUUAUUGAUAAAGGUACAAUACAAGAUACAACAGAUCUACUUUGUGGUCAUAAAAUUCCGGUAAAACUUGGUAUUAUAGGAGUUGUUAAUAGAAGUCAGAAGGAUAUAAAUGACAAUAAAUCAAUGAAAGAAACAUUAAAAAGUGAAAAAGAUUUUUUAAGAUCAAAUUACCCUGAUAUCUAUAAAAAGCAUGGUAACAAAGUUUUGGCUAAAACUUUACAAGGUAUUCUAAUUAAACAUAUCAAAAAAACCUAUCCAAUAUUGCAUAAAAACCUGCAAGACACUAAGACAAGACUUGAAAACGAAUUAAAAACAUUGCAAACACCCGACAGUAAGGUGUCUUUUAUAUUAGGUUUAUUAAAAGAAAUAUGCAAAUCAUAUUGUGAUACAAUAAUGGGAAAUAGAAGAGAUGUUUCAGACAAAAUAGUUAUGGGUGGUGCGAGAAUCGGACAAAUUAUAAAUGAAGAAUAUUUGGAAAAAAUUAACAAUAUUGAUCCAUUACACGAUUUAACUGAUGAACAAAUUGGAAUAAUUUUAUUAAAUACUGCUGGAAUAACUAGUAGUUCUUUUGUGAAUGAAAAAGCAUUAGAAAAUAUGAUCUGCAGACAAUUAAAUAAUCUCAUAGGUCCAUCAAUGUCUAGUGUGGACUUUGUACGUGUAGAAAUGUUGAAGAUUUUUGAUUGCAUAGACGAAAAUAUUUUGGAAACAUUAAAAAGAUUUCCCCGGAUAAAUUCUGAUGUGAGAAAUGUCCUUCACAAAAUGUUGGAUGACAAAUUAACAAACAUAAAAGAAUUUAUAAAGUCUUACAUUGAGACAUACCAAACUUGUUUAAACACAACCAAUCCAAAUUUUUUAUUUCAAUUGGUGAAAUCAUCUACCGAAAUGCAAGAGUCAUUUAUUACAUCAUAUAUGAGCAAUCCCAAAGGCGAUUCGAUAAAAAACAAAGAGGGUGCAGAGGAAGAUGAAAAGGACGAGGAAAACUUAAAAAUACAACAAUUUAAACAAAUGUUAUCUGGUUUAAAUGAUUUAGAUAACACUAUUGAAACAUCGAAGCAAGUGAAAAUCCACCGUUGCUUGACGCAGUGCUAUUUUGAUUUCAUAAGGGAAAUCGUACGGGACUUUGUACCCAAGCGUAUUCAUCACAAAAUGGUGAAAUUAAUUUUGGACGAUUUUGAACAUCAUUUGGAUGAAUUCGUUUUUACUCCAUAUGUUUUAAACCGUUCAUUUGAUGAAGUACUUGUAGAAGAAGAUAGUGUAAUAGAAGAUAGGAACAGGGUUGAAAAAAUGUUGGAUGCUGUUAAUAAAGCUUUAAAAAAUAUGGUUGAUAUUCAGUGUUAUUGAUGAGUUUAAAUUGUAUUAUUAUUAUUUUACUAAAGGAACAAAAGAAAAUAUUUUGUAAUUGAGAAUUAUUUUUCUAAUUAGUUAUUUUGAAAAAAAAAAUGUUCUAUUAAUCAAUUCAUACUUUUUACUUUGGAAUUUUAUAUAAGUAUUUUUUUUAAAAUUGAUUUUGUAAUGCUAAAAAAAAUAAGUGUUCUUUUGUGAUUAGUAACUGUUUGUAGUAUUUAAACCACAAACUACUAUAAUAUUAUGUAGUAGUUAUUAGUUUGUGAUUUAAACACUUUUUACUCUUUAGGAUACCAAUUAUCAGCUACUUAAUAUUAACUUAUAUACUCUGUCCAGUGAGAGAAUACACUAAUUCUGUGCAUCCCAUGCAACACCCUGCCAUUAUGCAUGGUGGCUGGGUGUAUCAUAGGACUGCACAGAACCACCAAUUUUUGUUGGGACGCUGCGUGUUCUCUAGCUGGACAAAGUGUAAGUACAUAUUAUUCAAUAGUUUUAUUCAGAUUCUAAAAUCUUUUGAUACUAUAUCAAUUGACAAUUACUAACUAUAAAAUUAUUAUAAUUAUUUUUACUACAAUUACCAUGUAUAAUAACUAUUAUAUUAACCAAUAUUAAGAAUUCUUAAUUUUCAAAUAUGAUAAUAUAAUUAACUAUAUCAAUUUUUGUAUUAAAUAUUAUAUUAUUAUUUAUAUGCAUUUAGAAUUUGUAUCUAGUAAGCAGGUUAUCAAAUAAAUAAAAGAAGAUUUCUGGUAUUUUUUUUCAAAAUGCUUAGUAACGAUAAUGGUAGGUAGUUGAAAACUGAAAAAGAAUACAAAUAAAUAAUAUACAUUUUUAAACAAUAUUAAUUGUGGUUCAAAAGUGAAAAAAAUGUAGGUAUUUAAAUUCUAAAUAUUUAUAUUUUUCAUACCUUCCCUCCCCUCUUAUUAUAGAAGUCAGGCUAUGCUCCACCUUACAAGUCACCAAAGCUUAUUUAAAUAAACUUCUAUAAAACGAUGCUCCUCAAAACAAAAAAACAAAAGAAUAGAAACUCAAAACUGAAAUUGUUAUAAUUAUUUAAUACACAUAUGUUGUAUAAUAUAUUAUAAUAUAAUAAUACUAGCAAUCCCGCCAUGAGUUGUCCGUGCCAAAUAUCGAAAUAUAUAGUUCCAAAGUUUCGAAGUUACCUAUACCAAGUUUUUCGAUUUUAUUUAAUGCAGGCUACGGAAGAUUGGAUCCAAUGUGCCAUCGCUUAUGUCCAGUGGUUUUUGAAAUGUUGAAAUAUUUUGAUUCGUUUUGAGCUGUUUACGGACAACUUCAAAUUUUAAUUUUUAUACAAGGGACAAGGCGUUUAGGGGAAAUGAUACCACCUUUUAUCACGUGUUAUAUUUAAAUUUAUUUAUUAUAUUGUAAUUAAGUAUAAAAAUUUAAAAUAUAAUUUAUGUUAUUUA